AUGGCACAGACCUAUCUCUCCAACCACCACAUGGAGAGGUUCAUCUCUGAGUUUGAGGAGAACCUCACUCAUAAGAGCCUGGAGCUCGUGGUAGCCGCUCUGCUUUGUUACGCAUUUGACUCAGAUGAAAAGUGGGCGAUGAACUACAAGGCUGCCACCAACGGUGGCGGAUCGUACUACUUUGCCAUGCAGCUGGAUGGUGGUCAGAAGAUUCUUCACACCAUCAUCAAGAUCGUCUCCACCGAUGAGCCCAUCUCCGAGGACUGGGAUACCACUCUCGCUCCUCUUGCGGCUGCUCCUCUUCCCAAUCAGCACAUUCAGUAUGAGCGUAAGGAGACUCCGUUUGAGACUCAACCUAUGAGCAGUGCUCCUGCGGGUGUCAAGCCCGCUGCCCUGGUCGUGAAAACCAACACUCAUUCCCAGGCCAUGCCCAAAGUCCGCACUGCCCGGCCUAUUGCUCAGUCUACCGCUCAGCCUACCGUCAAGCCUUCUGCCAGCCCUGCCCUGAAGCCUACACCGAGCCCAGCGGUCAAGCCUGCUGCUGGUCCCGCUUUCGAUCCUGGCGCCUCCUCAACCUUCAAGCUUGCCGUAAGUCCUGCCAACUAUGCAGCCUUCAAAGCUACUGCCCAUUCUGCUCUCAAGCCUGGUGCUCCCGACUUCAAGCCAGCUACCAUAUCUCCCCUCAAACCCGGUACUCCCACAUUCCAACCCAACGCCUGUGGAGGGCCUAAGAACGGCUCGUUUAAGGCUAAUUCUCCUCCCGCCACAAAGACCAGCAUUCAGCCCGCUCUCAAUCCCGCUGCCAAGACUACAGUCAAUCCCGCUAUGAAGCUCAACAUUCAGCCCAAGGCCCAAGCUGCUGCGACCCAAACUCCCGAUGUUGAUCUCAUGAGCUUUGCGGACUUGGACGUUGGUACCCAGACCAAGAUCAACGGUCGUGUAGCUCAGCGCCCAGGAUGA